CAUUUUGAAACAAUAUCAUUUAAAAUAAAAUAAAAACAAAUUUAACAAAACAAGCUUGAAUAGAACAUAUAGGUCUAUCUCUACUUACAGGGACUACCCACUAUGCUUUACAUUUGAACAUUUGCUUCUUUUUUAGGCUCCAGUGACAGAAAAAGAGAGGGCCUUCUUUUUCCUCCAUGAAACCAAGACCAGAGAUAUCAAGGUCCUGCAGUAGACAAUUACUGCCACUAGAUGGUGCCAUUUUCCUUUAAACUACAGAAAGAUGUAAUGGAAUUCCUCGACGUAUGCUUGGCUCCAGGUUCUUCCCAGUGGAGGCACAGACGGAAACUAUUUUCUGGGACUGGGCCACCACCUUAAACCACCUGGGACUAUUUCAGAAGAAGAUUUUUUCCCCACUUUCCACUUAAGUGCUUCACCAGUUAUAAACUAUGGCUAAUGCAGGUAUACAGCUUCUGGGCUUCACACUGGCCUUUUUGGGCUUUAUAGGCUCAAUAGCAUCCACGGUCAUGGUGGAGUGGAAAGCUUCAUCCUACGCUGGAGACAACAUCAUCACAGCUCAGGCCAUGUAUGAAGGACUGUGGAGGUCCUGUGUGUCACAAAGCACGGGUCAGAUCCAGUGUAAAGUCUACGAUUCACUUCUGCAGCUGCCAGCCCUUGUCCAGGGGACGCGGGGGCUGAUGUUGGCCGCCAUCAUGCUGUCUUUCAUUGCAAUCAUGGUGGACGGGGUAGGCAUGAGGUGCACCACCUGCAUGGCAGAGCAGCCGGAGCAGAAGGACAAAGUGGCCCUGACUGGAGGAGUUAUCUUUAUCAUUGCAGGUCUCCUUGCUCUUGUCGGAACUUCAUGGUACGGCCACAGAAUCGCAACGGAUUUCUACAACCCUUUUACCCCGACGAACUCCAGGUAUGAGUUUGGGAGUGCCCUGUAUGUGGGCUGGGGUGCUGCCUGCCUCACCAUUAUUGGAGGGAGUUUCCUCUGCUGCAGCUGCCCAGCUAAAGGUGCAGCCAAAUCUCCACGGUACCCUGCCAGUCACUCUUCUGGCACCACAGGCAGAGACUACGUCUAGAAGAACGGCCACGCGGUCUUGGCCUGUUUGCAGCUACUACAUAUUUCCAACUGUUUGGGUGUUUGGUAUUUUUGUGGAAAGCUUGUUUUUUUGACUGCACAACACAUUGUUAACCCUUAUGAUAAAAAACGGCAGAAGCAGCAUUAAUCUGACUGAAUAAUAAUAAUAAUAAUAGUUUUUCUUGUGAACUUUUAUAUAAAGGUUAAAAAACAUCAUCGGCCAUUCAUUUUUCUUAACACCUCAGGAAGUUUUUGCACUGUACCCACUGUCAUUGCAGGCAACAUUUACUUUUUAAUGUUUAGUAUAUUUGUAUUUCUUUAUAUGUACAAUUAAAAAAAAAGUG